CCUGGAGGGGGUGCGCUCCCGGACGGGCCCAGGAAGCACCCGCAGGUGCCUGCGCUUGCCGGGCACAUCUCGUGCCCGCUUCGAGCCACUUUGUAAAGGGGGAAGCGGUGCAGAGAGUCUAGGGACGUGGCCAAGGUCACCCAGCCCAGAGAUCGUGACAGGGGUGGCGGCCGGGCGCUCGGGCGCCCUCGGGGGGCCCUCAGCCGCAGCCGAACAGGUGAGGGGUCCUCAGACCACCUAGCGAGGCUCCAGAAGCCCCUGCAGAAAGGCGCGGUCACCGAGGAAACGGCGGGGCGUGCGCCGUGAGCCCCGAGUGGUCGGAGACCCGAGUGUGAAGGGGGAUUUGUUGCCGGCGGAAGCCGGUGUCGCCGGCGGGUGCGCGCGGGAAGGGAGGCUCGCAAUGGGAGCGCCGAGGGACGGCGCGGCAAGUACUGGUGGGUAAUCACAGCCGCACUCUGGGGGAGUCUGGUGUGGGUGACACGGUUUCUGCUCUGGGUGCGGAAGGAGGGCUCUGAAGCGAAGGCUGCUGGGCUGCAAAACGGGAGGAGCCCGUCUUGGAGGGUCGAAGCCAGGCUCCCCAGCCUCCGUUCUCAAGUGGGCGCUUCUUGCACAUCCCCGUGCGCAGGAAUCCAGUCGGCUCAGAUGCUAACACACAGGAGCAUCAGGCCCAUGCUGCUGCUGGCUCAGAUGCCUCAGGCUCGGCAUGGGCCCUCUCAGCUCAAGCCCCCGGCCCUCCACGUGAAGUCCUGGCUCUCGUCAAAGCAGGGCCCCGAAGAGACGGGCAGGCAGGGCCAGCCCCAGGGCCCUGGGCUGCGAACUAGGCUGCUGGUCACAGCCUUGUUUGGGGCUGGGUUGGGUGGGGUCUGGCUGGCCAUGAGGGCUGAGAAGGAGCAGCAGCAGCAGCAAAGGCGGACAGAGGCCCUGCGCCAGGCCUCCGUGGGCCAGGGUGACUUUAGCCUGCUGGACCACUGCGGCCGAGCUCGCUGCAAAGCUGACUUCCGGGGCCAGUGGGUGCUGAUGUACUUUGGCUUCACUCACUGUCCGGACAUCUGCCCUGAUGAGCUGGAGAAGCUGGUGCAGGUGGUACAGCAACUGGAGGCUGAGCCUGGCCUGCCCCCCGUGCAGCCCAUCUUCAUCACUGUGGACCCGGAGCGGGACGAUGUUGCAGCCAUGGCCCGCUAUGUGCGGGACUUCCACCCACGGCUGCUGGGCCUGACUGGCUCCGCGGAGCAGGUUGCCCAGGUUAGCCACAGCUACCGGGUGUACUACAGCGCUGGCCCUAAGGACGAGGAUCAGGAUUACAUUGUGGACCACUCCAUUGCCAUCUACCUGCUCAACCCUGACGGCCUCUUCACAGACUAUUACGGCCGGGCCAGGUCAGCCGAGCAGAUUGCAGACAGCGUGCGGCACCACAUGGCCGCCUUCCGCAGUGUCCUGCAUGGGUCGGGCCAUUAAAGGGCGUGGUGGAGCUGUGUGUGCGUGAACUGUACCGGCUGCCUUGGAAGCCACAGCAGGAAAGGGCCUAGCGCCUGAGUGCAGCUGGGGUGCUGGAGGUGGGCAGCGAUCUCUGCACAGAGCAGGAACCUUCUCAAGGAAUAGGUUGGAUGGAAACCACUUUAUUAGGCUGGGCCAGCCAGGAAGUAGGUGGGAGUGAGCAGCUGUGUGCCCAGUA